AGGCCUGUCCCUGGCUCCUCCACAUCCCUCCUUCUCCACUAUCUUCCUGCCUAUCCCAGACCCCCUCCCCUCAGCAUUCCCGCCCAUUCUCUCCUCCCCUUGCUUUGCUGCUUCCCUCUCUCUCUCUUCACACAACACAAGGAAGCAGACACAGGGCACGGAGCCGCCCGUCCCCCACUUUCCAUACCGUGAAACGGAUCUAAUCGUUAUCCCGACCCAAACCCAGCCGGAGCCAUGAGCUGGGGUACAGAGUUGUGGGACCAGUUUGAUAAUUUGGAGAAGCAUACACAAUGGGGCAUAGACUUCCUGGACAAGUAUGCAAAGUUUGUGAAAGAAAGGUUAGAGAUUGAGCAGAAUUAUGCAAAACAGCUAAGAAACCUGGUGAAGAAGUUCUGCCCCAAACGUUCAGCUAAAGAUGAAGAACCCAGAUUCACCUCUUGUUUAUCUUUUUACAACAUUCUAAAUGAGCUCAAUGACUAUGCUGGACAACGAGAGGUAGUUGCAGAAGAAAUCGGCCAUAGAGUUUAUGCUGAGAUCAUGAGAUACUCAAAUGACAUAAAAGGAGAACGGAAAUCGCAUCUUCACGAAGGACGCAAAGCUCAGCAAUACUUGGACAUGUGCUUAAAACAAAUGGAUAAUAGCAAGAGGAAAUUUGAAAGAGAGUGUAGAGAGGCAGAGAAAGCUCAACAAUCCUAUGAGAGACUGGAUAAUGACACCAAUGCCACAAAAUCUGAUGUUGAAAAGGCAAAGCAGCAGCUCCAUCUGCGCACACACAUGGCAGAUGAAAGUAAAAAUGAGUACGCUGCACAGCUCCAGAAUUACAACGCAGAGCAACACAAACAUUUUUAUAUUGUCAUCCCACAGGUAUAUAAGCACCUCCAAGAAAUGGAUGAACGCAGAACUAUAAAGCUAAGUGAAUGUUAUAAAGGCUUUGCUGAUGCUGAGCGAAAAGUUAUACCCAUUAUUUCCAAGUGUUUAGAAGGAAUGGUUCAAGCAGCCAAGUCGGUGGAUGAGAGGAGGGACUCCCAAAUAGUGGUGGAUUGCUUCAAAUCUGGCUUUGAGCCUCCCGGGGACUUUCCCUUUGAAGACUACAGCCAGCAUAUUUACAGGACAGUGUCUGAUGGCACCAUCAGUACCCCAAAGCAAGAAUCAUUAAAGCCUGAUCCCAGAAUGACAGUUGGGAAAGCCAAAGGCAAACUUUGGCUGUUUGGAAAGAAACCCAAGAGCAAUAUCCCACCCUGCCCCUUGCACGACACCAUGUCAGAAAGUGACCCUCUGCACUAUUGUGUGAGUGAGGUUAACACACACAGGCAGAGAGCUGCUUCUCUGAGAGGAAUAAAAAGAGUGUGGUCAUUACGGAUGGGUCCAGCUCUGGAAGAUUUCAGCCACCUUCCGCCAGAACAAAGACGCAAGAGGCUGCAACAGAGAAUUGAUGAGCUCAGUCGAGAACUUCAGAAGGAGAUGGAUCAAAAAGACGCGCUAAAUAAAAUGAAAGACGUCUACGAGAAGAACCCACAGAUGGGAGAUCCAGGCAGCUUGCACCCAAAAAUAGCUGAAACAACGAGCAACAUUGAAAGGCUGCGGAUGGAAAUUCAUAAAAACGAGGGUUGGUUAUCAGAAGUGGAAGGCAAAGUGUCCCAGAGAAGUGAGAGACGGCACAGUGCUGAAGCCAAUCAUCUUGUAGCACAAGGAAGAGAGAGCCCUGAAGGAAGUUAUACUGAAGAUGCCAAUCAGGAAGGCAGAGUACAGCCUCAGCACCAUGCUCACCCCGAGUUUGAUGAUGAAUUUGAUGAUGAUGAACCUCUUCCAGCUAUAGGACACUGCAAAUCACUCUAUCCUUUUGAUGGCAAUAAUGAAGGCACCUUGGCAAUGAAAGAAGGGGAAGUUUUGUAUAUUAUAGAGGAAGAUAAAGGGGAUGGAUGGACAAGAGCAAGGAAACAAAAUGGAGAAGAGGGCUAUGUACCCACAUCCUACAUAGAGAUCACUCUAGAAAAAAACAGUAAAGGUGCAGUAACCUAUAUCUAAUGUACAUACACCAGCUACUGGUCCAACAGAAAAGGCACAAGGACAAAGUGUUAUUAGCUGAUGUAUAUUGUUCACUGUGUGAGCUCCGAGAUUUCGCUAAUGGGGAUAUUUAGUAGAAAAACAAAUAACUUGGAACUAUUUCCUAUAAUCAGGUCUUGGUUAGGGUUUUGUUUUUUUAAUUUGCCCCUAGACCAGGGCUUUCCAUCCUGAGCUCCCCCAGCUGUGAUUGAAAUUGGGUUGGGGUUUUGAAUAAUGCUUACAUAGUAGGUUGGUUGAGCGCUGAAUAGCCAUAUACCUGCUCUGUACAAGCAAUUCUUGCAGUAAUGGUACUUUCAGCGCCCUCUGACUUUUUAAAAACAUUUAGUUUGGGUUGUUUUAAUUUUUAUUUUAACCAUUUUUUAGGCAAACUGUUCAUCUGCACGGUUCUUACUUUGAAAAUAUUUUAUUAGAUUUUCAUGUUAAACAAGCGAUAACAACAAAUAUUUUGCAGAUGAAGACAGAAACUUCUUACUUUGAACAUGACCAGGUUCUCUCAAACCAUGGAAUUUGUGCUCCUGGCUUUAAAUAUUUAAUUGUUGUAAAUUCGAUGGUUUGGGUUUUUUUUUUUAAACUGUAAUUCUAAAUGUAAUUCCUGAUUAAUUUGUAGUCUGUUUUGUAUUUAAUCACAAUGUUCCAAAGAAGACAAUUUUUAUUAAUAAUUUCAAGGGAAAAUUCAUUCAAGGCAAAAUCAUUAGAAUUCUUUCUUGCCUUGCCAUAAAUAUGACCAUACUAGGAUCACAUAUGGGAAUUCUUUCAUAACACAAUAUAGCAGUGCCUUUAUUUUAUUCUUUGUUCUGUAAAAGGGAACUAGUAGUUGCAGAAAUUCUUGCGAUACAAAAUCAUUACAUACUAUGUUGUACAGGAACACGUGUGUAUAUAUACUGUGUGUAUGUACACACACACACACACACACACACACACACACACACACACACACACACACACACACACACACACACACACACACACACACACACACACACACACACACACACACACACACACACACACACACACACACACACACACACACACACACACACACACACACACACACACACACACACACACACACACACACACGGAUCUAUUAUCUGGAAUGCUCAGGAGCUUAGGUUUUCUGAAUAAACACAAUGUCUUAAUGGUUAUAAAAAAAAAAAACAUUAAAUACCAAAUAUAGCUCCAAUAUGGGGCAUAAGAAUAUUUUUUACACUUUUCUGUACAAUGCCUCCAUUUAAGUGAUCAUGAACCUUUGGCACCUUCUAGCUUUAUGCCAUGGAUUGUGGUGUGCUCCUGCCUCAAGCUUUCUCAGGAGACACACACGUCGCGUAUCCUAGGGACCACUACUGCAUGAUGAUACCAUAUGAAGUCGUCUAUGGAACCCAUGACGUUCUCUUUAGUCAUAAGGGCCUAUUUCAAGGGCAGUCUUGAAAAAGUAUAGUGAUGCAGGGGUACACCCUGAACCCUAAUAAUAGUUUUGACUGUUGCUUUUAUAGGCAAUGUUGGGGCAUUUAGCCUGCUGUCUUUUAUUUAUGGCAUGCUCAAUUGUGGAAUCAUAAUCAAAGCUUGAGACCUAUUUGCUAGCUCUGUGCACAAUAGGUUCCUCCAUGCUUGUGCAUCCAUAUUCAGAAAGGGAGACUGCUUUGCUUGCUAUCCGCUAGCAAACCUUUAUUGUAUUCUGGGGAAUUCUUUUUGGCUUAAAUAUCUCUCAAAAGGAACAAAUACACAUGCUCUGUUUUCUCCAUCUGAAGUGCAUUGGUAACUGGCCUCUUUUUUCUCUUUUUCCUCUUGGACUACAGGUUCCUGAAGAGGGGUUUCUGUGACUCUGGGCGAGAUGUGGAAGGCGGCUACAUGCAGCUUCUUUUAAGGGGAGGGGAAUAGGCCGGGCCCAUGUGAGAGCAGCAACAAGCAUGAGUGCAUGAUACAUGCAUCCAUUGUUCACUAACUCCGUGACACCCUCAGUUUAUUACUUGAUGCAAUAACCUGAGUGCAUAAUGCAAGCAGCAGUUUGCUGAAAUUUACCAUCAACUUGACUUUAAGUGGAAAACAUACUAGUGAAUGUUCAUUAAAGGGAAUCUAUUGUUAAUACACAAUUUCUGAUAUUUUCAUUCCGCAAUGGCAAACAUCAUAGAACUUCAUUUACUCAGAAGAGCCGGAGCUGAAGAUCACUAACUGGCAGGCCUUGCAUUUGGGACAUUUAUCCUCUACUCUGGUUAUUGUUCUUAUAGCAGAAUAUCAUACACCAAUGUCAGGCAAUCUGGCCGCUCCUAUUCAUGACAAAAUUCUUUCUUUAUGUCAAACAAAAAGUAUAUAUUUUUUUUUCACUCCAUCCAUGUUUUGGCACCUCAAUAGAACUAGUAGUUACUAAAAACACUGCUUAUGCUUUUGUAAGAUUUAAAAGUAACAAUAGAUUCCCUAUUGAGCUGCUUUCAGGUGUAAAGUGAAUGUUGGUUGGUAGUUCUUCCUUGGUUUAACUGAACUGUGGCCUCCUGAGCUCUCCUGAUAUCUCAACCAGAUACUUCAGCCUGUAUCCGGACUAACUGCAGGCUGAACAUUGUCCUAUAAAACUGUCAUGCUAUACUUCUGUGGUUUUAGCCUGAGGCCGAGGCACACAAGGCAAGGAGAAGAACAUUGGGGCACAAAACUGCACCAUUUACCUCAUGUGCCACUGCCUUUAGAUAAAACCUGCAACAAAAAAAAAGGUUCCACAUUUGUGGUUCAAGAUGUCCUAGUUCAGUUAACCUACUUCUUGGUUCACAGGGUAGCAAUAACAUUUGCAGCGUUCUAGAAUAUUCACUAGCAUGAUCCACCCAAUAGUAUUAUCCCCAAGGCCAGCUGCCUGUUGGGUUUAACAUGUGAAUGUCUGCCUGUGCCAUCUCCAUUCUCGACCCUAACACUCUGCAUGUAGUGGGCUUUUUGUUCUUUUUAUUGUUUUUCCUCCAUGGGUCUGUUCUUCUUUCCGUGGGCUGCCUUACUUCAUAUCAACUUAUUAUUAUUAUUAUCAUCACUAAAUCCAUUCAUAGCAAUGCCCAUCUCUCAAGUUUUGCUGCUAUUGCUGUCCGUCUCUCUCUCUCUCUCGGUAACUUAUUACAUUCCAGUUUUCUCUCGUUGAUAAAGCGUUUGUUUGCCUACAAUUCUUUUUCCUUUGUGCACCGUUUCUGGCGACGGAAAUCUCUGAAAUCCGGAUCCUGUUCUCUCCCCCCCCCCCACACUCCUCAUUGGGAAGAUCAUUCUACACUGGGCACAUUGGCCAACGAAUGAGAAUCUUCAUCCUUCUUUAGACCAAGUCGACUACUUACCAUUCAGAUGCUGCCUUAAACUGGAGUGCCUACCACACCGAUUCUCAAUGAUACCCACUCCCCACUGAAAUGGCAACGCUGCAAUUGUUAUGCAGCUAAAACUCUCACAACCCUCUGUAUUUUAACGUCGGCUAGACUGCUGUGGUUACGUAACCAUCCUAAGCAACAGCCUAUUAAUUCAAUGAAAUAGGAAAAUUCUUUGUGAUUUCUUGAUAACUGUUAUAGAAUAUGGACUCGAUGCUGAUUUGCUAACACAGAGGCUGUAACCUUUUCCACAGUAGCAGGAAUAUCCUUUGAGAUCACGGAUCGCAUCCAUGGAAAAUCCACCUUCCUGCAAGUUCAAUGAGCCACUAAGGAGCUAACUGGGAGUUGUAGAUCCACAACGGCUUCCUGGCGCUUGUGUUAUGGGUUUAUUACAUUCAGAACUUGUGUCCUUCCAGCUCAUGUUGCACUACAUGUUGUUAAUGGUAUGUAGUUGUAGUGCAGUUCAGCAACAGAUGGAGGAUGUCGAAAUCCAAAUCCAUUUUUUAUCAUGAGUUCCAGUCAUCCUGGCCUAUAAACCUUAUACAAAUAAUGGUAAUAUUUUAUAAUUGUAUGCACUUUUACUUUUUUUUUUUUUUUUUUUUUAAUAAACCAGUUGAAUUCUGAUCUGUUUAUAUUGUACAUAUAAAUGUCCACUGAGCCCACUUCAGUCACUUGUCUUUCUCCAAAACUUGUGAGUGUGUUAAACUGUAGCUCACUGUUCCGCCAGGGCCAAGUCUAAUUUAUACUUUUAUUCACACAGACUCCGGAGUCGUGGUUUAUUGUGUUGGAGAGUUGACUAGCCGUAUCGUUACGCAAUCAAAAUAGAAAUUUGAAAGUGUCGUGUUAGUGGUCUGGUGGUUUAAUGGGACAUGUACUCUGCCAUAUAACAGUGUAAAAUUGCUGAGUUUUUAUUUUGAAAGAUUUCACAUUUUUGAAGUCUUUACACUAACAUUGUGAAUAUGUAGCAUAAGGGCCUUUCAGACAGGACAGGAAGCUUCUCUUGAGGCUUCCCUGCUCAGUUCUAUGACUCUAUGUAACAGCAAUCUUAGAACUGAGCAGGGAAGCCUCAGGAGAUGGUUCUGCAGCAGCAAAUUAAACUUUUCUGCUUGAACAGGGUGCGAUGCUCAUUAAAAAUUGUACAUUGCUAUAUGUAGGCUAUAUGUCCAGUUCAAGUUGUGGCAUUUUACUGCUACUGAAUUGUUAUCCGAAAUGGAUAAAAAGGUUUGGCUUUGAGCUGCAGCACUCCAAUCCAGUGUGUAUUUAGCCAGGUUUCUAUUGGCUGUGACCAUAUUUCCCAGUGUCCUUCAGUGUUAUCUUCAGUCGUUUUCCUAUAAAAUGUACAAAUUUUCGAUGUCAGGCCAAUUGUACUCGUCAUGAAAGGGGAGGAAGAUAAAUACCACUAUUGCAUUGAUAACAGGCUGGGACUAUUUAAAUAGUUUGACUAGAUUCUGAAUAUUGUACACAAGGGUUAUUUAUAUAGCGUCUAUCAACAAAACUACAAACAUUUGUAGGUUUUCUUUUCUCUUUUUAUAUAUAGUAAUCGUGUUGCUAAACCAUUUUGUUGCCAGAGGAGUCUGCCAUCUUUGUUUUGACCCCUGGCAACAAAUAUGUUCUGUAUGAUGGUUGCAGGUUGUUUUAUUGUUUGCAGUGCGUUCAGUCAGCACCAAGCAAUAAAGCAAAUGUUUUCACGCGCUCACUAUUCGCUUUUAUGCCAAACAAGGCAACGUAAAUGAGUAGAUAGGAAAGUAUAAGAGCGUUGUACUCGCACGCAGUUCUACAGUCAUUGUUCUGUUAACGUGACUCGUAUUAAUACAUCUUUACCCCCCGAUGAACGUUUCUUUUUAAUCCAAUGUGCACACGUUGAUUUUUAUUGGUAAAUACAUUGUUUAAAAUAGUGUUCUCUGUUGAGAAUAUUUUCAUGGAAUAAAACAAAGGAAACCUU